AUUGAGAGUACUGCACGCUGGGUAAUUGCGACUCUUCUUACUUUUUUUUAUCAUUUAUUUGAUUAAAAUUUUCAAGUAAUAGAAGUUUUUCCAAAGUAAGUUUCUUUAAAGUAUUCAUUACCAUUGAAUUAAAUACUUUUAUUCCUAGUUAGAAAGCGUUUAAGUUGUUAAUUUAUUUAAAAAAGAAAUCAUCCCAACUAAAACGGCAUGGAUAAGAUAAUUGGCGUGGUAGGAUCUAUACCAAUAUCGAAGACAAGAAAAGAUGAUACAAGUGCUGAUCGUCUGUCACAUCGCUUUAUGACUGCCAAACUAAUAGUUUUUGCGCUUGUUGUAUCGGCAAAACAGUUUGUGGGCGAUCCUAUCACUUGUUGGGUACCCGCUCACUUCAGUGGCGGAUGGGAAGAAUAUACGAAUAGUUAUUGUUGGAUUAAGAAUACUUAUUUUCUACCCUUUGAAGAACAUAUUCCUAAGGUUGGUGAAAAAAGGGAAAUGAUACCAUAUUAUCAAUGGGUCCCCAUCAUCUUCCUUGUCAUGGCACUUUUCUUCUAUUUACCUAGUGCUAUUACUGUAUUGGUCUCUCUCAACUACUUUAUGGGCUCUAAUUUCCAUAUGUACGGCUUCCAAGUCCUAAUGGAACUAUCCGCUGGUAGAGAUUGGACGGAUUCUCACAGAUUUCCCAGGGUUACUAUGUGCGAUUUAGACGUUAGACGUUUAGGCAAUAUCCAUCGUUACACAGUUCAAUGUGUAUUACCAAUCAACCUGUUUAACGAAAAGUUAUUUUUAUUCAUUUGGUGGUGGAUUAUCGUGCUUAUAUUCAUUCAGGGUGUUUCACUCAUAAAAUGGAGCUUAAGGAGCAUAUCAAAGGUAGAUGAUAUGAGGUAUGUCCGUAAACAUUUAAAAUUAGCUGGCUUAUAUCAAACUGCCAAUGAGCAAUCGGAAGAUUUGAACAAAUUCGUUAAAGACUACUUGAAAUCAGAUGGAAUAUUUAUAUUACGUCUAAUAGGAAGUAAUACGAAUACAAUCACCGUAACCGACUUUGUUAGAUCACUUUGGAGAACUUGGAUUGAAAGAGAUAUCAGAAACAAUGAAAAACAUCCGGACAAUAAAAUAUAUUAA